AUGGCGCGAUCGAGAGAUGUGGAGAUCACAAUGCACAACGUGCAUCGUCAUCAAAUGCUUUGUUUUGUGGUCAAUUUGAACGAGGAGCGUGCCCUAUGCGGUGUCGCUUACUUUGCAGUGGACAUGUUCCAUAUUCCCUCCAGCAAUGAACGACCGACUGCGUUUUUUGUGGUUCCCCAGGGUCCAGAAGAGGAAACGUUUCAUCAUGUUCAACCGGUUCCAGCAAACCACGGUAUCGAAAGGAAACAAGCAAAUGCUGACAAAGAAGAGACGAUGACACACGGCAACGAUAACACAAUUGUUUACCAUCCGAUGGAGUUCGGUGUCGCUUAA